CUUGGCUAGGAUUGAAAUUUGAGAAUGCCUGCGAAGCUCUGAAGGAGCUCCUGACUGAAAUCCUUUCCAGACUAACUAUUACAAGGCAGGCAUUACCUGUAAAUGGGGACGGAGUCUGUAAUAUGAGGCAGGCAUAACCUGUGAAUGGGGACGAAUUCUAAAAUGUACAGAUCGACAGGAUUAACUGUGAAAGGCUUGGUGAAUUUAACCCAAAGAAAAACUAUUGGUGUUGUAUAUAAUACAAAGACUUCAUCCUUCAGAUGUAUUUAUCCGUACCGAAAUAAUAACAAUCAUUUGACAUGGAGGAUUCAACCUUCCUGCUGUGUACACUCUGAGGCUGUAAGACCGGAGAAAGCUGAAAAACCAGCGGGUUAUUCUGACUUUGGUCAUAAAAAAAUAAGGUCAUGGUCCAAAUUAAAGUGGUUGACCCAUAUGAUGGUUGCAGGAUCAUUGUGUUUUGUGUUAUUUGGAGGACCAACUAAAUUAGAAGAAUGGUUGAAAGUUGAAGCCUCAUCAAAAGAAGUUGAUAAAGGUGAUUCUGAUGAAGUAGAGGAAGGCAAACGGAAGAAGACACAGAAAAUUGGUUUUAGAGAUAGAAGGGUUAUUGAAUAUGAAAAUCGUAUCCGAGCAUACUCUACUCCAGACAAAAUUUUCCGUUACUUUGCUACACUGAAGGUAAAUCACAAUGGAGCAUCAGAUGUAUAUAUGACACCAGAAGACUUUGUUAGAUCUAUUACUCCAGGAAUGAAACAACCAGAAGGUUUAGGCUUGGAUCAGUUUAUGAAGUAUGACCCACAGAAGGAUGAUUUCAGAACGUUGAUGAGCAAAAUGAAAAAGCGUGGAAAGCAUGUGGAUACAGAGUUAGGAGAAGAUAGCAUUUUUCACAGGUUGGGAGAAAGUGGACUUAUUUCUUUUUCUGACUACAUUUUCCUUCUAACAGUGUUGUCAACUCCCCCAAGAAAUUUUCAGAUUGCUUUUAAAAUGUUUGAUUUGAAUGGAGAUGGUGAUGUUGAUAGAGGAGAGUUUGACAAGGUACAAGAGAUAGUACGAGCACAGACCACCAUGGGAAGUCGACACAGGGAUCAUGCUGUAACAGGGAGUGUAAUGAAGGACUACAGCUCAGCAUUAAUGACCUACUUCUUUGGACAAAAUGGAGAAAAGAAAUUAACAGUCAAAGAGUUCUUAGAUUUUCAAGCAGAAGUUUCUAAAGAAGUUUUAAGGAUUGAGUUUGCCAGAUAUGAUCCUAGAUAUGAGAAAGAUGGAUCUAUAUCAGAGAAAGAUUUUGCCUCUAUACUUCUUACCUACGCAGGAUAUCCAGACAGCAAAAAGUCCAGGAUGAUUAAAAGGGUAAAAAAGAAGUUCAAGGACGAUCCAAAGGGAGUUACCUUUGAAGAGUAUGUGAGUUUUUGGAAGUUCCUUAAGAGUGUAAAUGAUGUUGAUACAGCUUUAAGUUUUUAUCAUCUAGCAGGUGUAUCAAUUGAUCAAGAAACCUUGGUACAUGUAGCUAAAACAGUGGCCCAUGUUGAUUUGUCAGAACAUUUAGUAGACCUUGUUUUUACAUUAUUUGAUGAAAAUAAUGAUGGCCAGCUGAGUAAUAAAGAAUUUAUAUCUGUGAUGAAACAAAGAGUGAUGCGAGGACUAGAGAAACCUAAAGAUACUGGAUUUACUAAACUUAUAUCGGCAGCUUGGAAAUGUGCAAAAUCUCAAACCUCGGCUUUCUUAGAAUGAUCUCAUAUAUACAAUAUAGCAAUUCAUUUUUGGUACAAACUUUCUUAUGAUAGCAUAGCCAGUAUUGUAUCAAUAUAUAGGAAGGCAAAAGUUCUUUAAAAUAAGUACUGGUAAGAUUUAAAGCAUCCUUUUUAUAAACAAAAACAUAUCAGUCGUUAAACAAAGAAAUUGUUUGCCAUGCACCAUACUGUGUCAAAACUGCAAAGAUUUUCUGCAUUGUAGAGGUGGCAUUAUGUAUAAUAAUGAACUAUUAAUACCUAGGUCACUUCUCCUAUUUCGAUGUUCCUGGAGAAGAAACAAAUAAGCAGCAUAGACACAAUAUUUUAUAACUAUUUGUAUGUAUCUGUUUUUUAUUUAUUUUCCCAACUUGUUGAUCUGAUUCUCAUCUUUCAUCUUAAAAUAUCCAUCACUUUUGAGAAAACAAUGGAUAUGGUAACAGUGUUAGUUGAUUUAGGAAUAAAGUACAUCAAUUAAUUUAUCCAUUUCAAUUUUAAAAGCAAUUGUGUCCUAAUUGAGUCAUAAUUUUAUUAAGAUUACUGUUUGCAUUACCUGUCACUGUGCAUAAGUGAUGGGGAAAACAUACCUGAUUUCCAAAUAUUGUUAUGACUAAGGAAGAAUAAAAGCAAUAUGGCCUCCAGCUAAUGAUAGACAUUUUUUAAUGACUAUGUUUAUGUAUACUGUUUGUUAUUUCAAUAUUAUGUGUAUAAAGUAUAUUGUCCUUUUUGUUUUGCUUUUGUUAAAUCUUUUAAGACUGGUUAGAAUUAUAUUCCUCAUGCACUCAAUAUUAGUCUUAUUGAGAAGGACUACUUUUUGUUAACCUUCGAUUGAAUUGUGAUAAACUUUUUUGUAAUAGAUACAAUUUUGAUGACAGAUAGUAAAAAAAACUCAUGUUUUCUGGUCUGUGUAUCUGUCCCUCCAUCAGGUUUAAGUUUUGAUUUCUGAUAGAUGUUGUUUUGUUUAUUAUGAAAGUAACUGUUUAAUAAACCUGUUUAAUAUGCUGAAUUAGGGUUUAAACAAACCUCGAAAUCAUAUUUAAAGUAUUUACAAAAAUCUGAAACUAAUUCUUCACUAUUUUUUUUUAUCAUGCAAGUGGGACAUAUAUUCUUGUUUUUAGUUUACUUUUUUUUACUGUUGCUCUUUAGGAAUGUUUUAGGCACUAAUUAUGUACGGUCUGUUCAUAAUUAUUUUCUUUGUACUAUGAUAAAUUGUAAUAUAUUAUUUGAAAUAUUAAAGAAUUAGUAUUA